AUGUCUAUUCAAAGCGGCUGCCAAACGAAUGCUUGGAGUGAUAACUGGUGUUCUUGUAGUCCUCUUCGUCACUUUAUUACUCCUCAUGCUAUAGCUAAUGCGGGAUUUAAUCUUAGUACCACUGUUGCGGAGCUUAUCAAUGAAGUCGGCCAAUGGAGAUGGCCUCAAGCUUGGUUUGAUAUAUUUCCGGUUCUUAUAAACAUUGCUCCUCCUCAACUUUUAGUUGACAUGGAUGAUCGGUGUCGCUGGAAAUACCUUGAUGGUAAUCUUCAUCACUUUCGGUCUUGGGAAGUUUGGAAUACCCUUAGUAACAGGGAUGACAGGAUUGGUUGGGCGGAUUCGGUUUGGUUCAGCCAAUGCAUUCCUCGGCAUUCUUUCCAUCUUUGGACAUGUUCAAAUGGAGACUUCAGAAUCUUCAGGAACAAGAAGCCGAUGAAAGUGAAGGACAUGAAUGAAGGUCUAGAUGAAGACUCCGAGGAAGAAGACAAUGGAAGUGAUGGAUACUUCUCGGAUAAAGUAUCUUCUGACGAGGAGUUUUAA